AAAACAACGAAUUAAAAUGGAAGGCGUGAACGUGUCGACGCACCCGGAAGUUCCCGGAGAAGCAACCCACACCGGCACCGCCAUCCUCGAAACAGCCACCGCCGCCGUCCAGAGCUUCGGCCCCGUCAACAACAUCCACCACCACUUAUGCGCGUCAGCCUUCCCUCCAUCCAUUUUUCAUCCCUUCCCUAUUUCCACCAUAAAGAUUUUUUAAUUAUAUGAUUUGAAGUUUUAAACUAUCUCCAUAUAUGUACUUCCUAGAAUCAAAUUAAUUUAAUAAUUUGCAAUUUGAGAAAUUUAAUGUUGUUAUAGAUUGAUCGAUGGUGAAAGUCGUAUUCUCUUUCUUGAUUUAUAUACAUUCAGUAAUUACAUUAAACAAUCAUAGUCUUAACAUAUAAAUUAGAUACUACUACUAUACGUAUAUAGUACUCCCUCCGUCCCGAAAACAACUUCACGGUUGGACUUUCUGUAAAUUUGACUAAGUGGGAAGUUGUUUUCGGGACGGAGGGAGUAUUAAAAUAGAAAUGUUCUCAAUCUUGUACAAGUGAUUAUUUACAUGUUUUUUACACCAAUUUUACAUGUUUACAAAGUGAAUUCCUCUAAAUAAUGCAAAGUUUCAUACUCAAAUUAUUGCACAUUGUAUACCGACAAUCUGAGCCUGUAGAUUGACACAUUUACACGCUCAAACGUACACGAAGAACGGUUCAUAAAAAUUGUUAUACUAAAGAUUUUGUGAAUUAAAUCGCUCUCAAUAGCAUAUGCACAUUUGAUUUUAUUGGAUCAGGUUUCACUACUAUGGAGACGACAUGACGCGGCAAGUGGAGACGCACCACUACUGCGCGCACCUAAACGAGGAGUUCCGGCAGUGCCUGCUGUACGACCGGCCGGACGCGGACGGGAGGCUGAUCGGGGUAGAGUACAUGGUGUCGGAGGCGCUGUUCAUGACGCUGCCGGACGAGGAGAAGAAGCUGUGGCAUUCGCACGAGUUCGAGGUGAAGAGCGGGGUGCUGUUCAUGCCGGGGGUGCCCGGGCCGAUCGAGCGGAAGGACAUGGAGAAGGUGUGCAAAACGUACGGUAAGACCAUCCACUUUUGGCAGGUGGAUCGGGGCGAUGAGCUCCCCCUUGGAAUCCCUCAAAUCAUGAUGGCAAUUACUAGGGAUGGCCAGCUCUAUGAUAACCUCGCUCAAGGCGUUGGAUCAAGUUUCGUUGCAUUUGGAGUUGAUUUGAAGAAGUUAGAGUCCGGCAAUCGGCGUUAAAGAGACAAUCGGGAGGAGAUAGAGAGCAUUCAAGGAAGAAUUGAGAGAUUUGGAGGUCACCAGGUGAUUCACGGCGAAAUUUUGAAGAAGGAAGAGCAUUGGGAUCGACCUCGGAUGAGUCUGGACACAUUUGGAGCAAGAAAACGAGAAAACGGGGCGAAAAAGUCAGACGCACGGUCGUGCGUCUGGGACGCACGAUCGUGCGUCCAUUUUGAAUUCGCGUUGAAGCUUCUGCCUGCUACGCACGAUCGUGCGUAGGCAGGGACGCACGAUCGUGCGUAGCCCCGUGACACGCGCGGAAGUUUCCUAUUUCGGCCCAAAUUCGUUUUUUCACCUCUUUUUCUAUAAAUAAGGCCUCCCUAACCCUUUUUGGGGGUUACGAACAUUACGGAGAGGCCUAGGGACGAAUUUAACACCGUUUUUACGCUAUUUUCUUCCAAGACCCUGGGAUUAUUUGUAAGUUCAUCUUUUUAAUUAAUGACAAUUAUUUC